AAGCGAACUGUAUAAUGAACCGAUUCGCUAAAGUGAAUUAGAUAUUAGAGAAUCGCUGAACAACCCUUCACUCACUUUCGCUCUCAGUUUGGGGGCGUGUUUAACUUUACAGGAAGGACUCACGUUAGUACAGCUAUCGACAGACAACGAGGAAUAACAAUUUUAACUUCAAACAAACUGGGUGUAAUAAAUAUAGUGACCCAAGUCCACUGUUGAUAAUUGAGAAGGUAAAACAGUGACUGCAUGAAUAAGCCAACUAGCCCUGCAGACAUUGUCCGACGGAACAAAGCCCACAACGGGACAUUAGGACAUUGUCAUCUGACAAAGGAUGACUGGAGCCCUCGUGAAAUACUGUAAGCAAACACAGAUCUAAUCUAAAUGUCACCAAGCCUGUGCUUAAGGAUUAAAGCAGCUCAAGGACAUGUUUGAGAAUUUCAGAGAGAGACUGCAAACGGUGCAGCAGGACUUUACAUCAGGAAUCAAGACCCUAAGUGACAAAACCAAGGAGACGAAAGUAAAGAAGAAACAAAGAAGAGAUGAACACUUUCCGCAAUAUUCUGCUGGAGUCGAGUUGCUCAGUCGAUAUGAAGACACUUGGGUGGCUCUUCAUAAACGGGCUAAAGAGUGUGCUAAUGCCGGGGAAACGGUGGACGGGGAGGUUGUGAUGCUGUGUGCACACUGGGAGAAGAGACGAGGAGCAGUGCUGGAGCUGCAGGAAGAACUGCAGCAGAUCCCUGCUUUCCUCUCGGACCUGGAGACUAUCACCUCACGUAUCGCUCAUCUGGAGGCUGACUUUGAGGAGAUGGACAGUCGUCUGCUAUAUCUGGAGGAUUUGUGCGCUCAAUGUGAGCAUCAGCGCUUUAAGCACUUUCAGAUCCUGCAGCUGGAAAACCAUAAGAAGAAGAAAAGGAAAGAGCUUGAGUCUUUCAAAGCGGAGCUCGAUGCAGAACAUGCUCAGAAAGUGCUGGAGAUGGAGCAUGUGCAGCAGGUCAAGCUAAAGGAGCGGCAGAAGUACUUUGAAGAGGCAUUUCAGCAAGACAUGGAGCAGUACCUCUCCACAGGAUACCUCCAGAUCACAGACAGGAGAGGACAUCUUCUUUGUCCUAUGCUCCUCUGUUCGUGUGUCAGUGUUUUCAUUGUAUUGUGUUGUGAAAUUUGCUUGUAUAUUCCUGAACUAAACCUGCUGUUCGAUCCAUUAGGCAGUAUGUCCUCAAUGGAAGUGAAUGUUGACCUCCUGGAACAAAUGGAUCUCACGGAUGUGUCCGAUCAUGAGGCUCUUGAUGUCUUCCUCAGCUCUGUAGGGGAAGAGAGCAGCGCUCGGUCUCCUGACACAGGUGGCCCGGCUCUGGAACCUGGCUCGUCCCCCUCAGAGAUCAGCCUGAAGGUGCCCUCACAGACAGAGCUACGGCCCACCGUCUCCUCCAUCUCCUCCUCCUGCACCGACACCAUCAGCGGUGUGACCGAGGGUCCGGAUGAAGAGGAUGCAAGCGAGGAAAGCUGCAGCGGAGACUCUCCACUGGUCCAGUCAGAUGAGGAGGAAGUACAUGCUGACACAGCCCUCAUGGGCCUCCCAGAAACAGAGCCACUCAAAAGCUCAGACGACAGCGACACACAGGCCCCCUAGUGGGUACGGAUGGCAAACGCACUCGUUUAAGUUGGUUUCUGGAAAUGAAAACCUGGAGAGGUGCUGAAGACUAGCCAGAUGUUUCUUCAUGCGACACUUUGAGAUGAGGAUUUUGGAGCCUUAUAGAACACUGUUUGUGCUCAGCCUAAAGAACAGCUCUUUCAGCCUGUUAGCACUGUGAUUUUUCUUUUAUUCUUUCCCAAUAUAAAAAAUCCACUCAAUGUAAGAUACAAUUCUUCAUAUUACCUAUUGCAUCAGAAUUAUAUAAUAAUAAUAAUAAUAAUAAUAAUAAUAAACAUUUUACAAUGUUUCUGCUAAUAUAACUGAUGUAUGUUGCAUGAAUUUGUAAUGCGGAGCUCAUUUUUGUAUAUGACAUUAUUGAGCUGAUUUAAAGACUCUGAAAUAAAAAAAAUAUACCUUGAAAUAAGACGGGCCUCAAAGUGUAGGACUGAUAUUUCAUAUCAUAAUGAUCUAAGGCAAAUAUCUUCCACCAACAAUUUCACAGAGUCUGAUAUAAAAAUAGCUGGGAACAUUUGGACCAUCUGUGGUCACAGAAUUUACAGGCUCCCCGUACAGCAAGCUGUUGCUCUCAAACCCUGUUACCUCUGGGAAAAAUACAGAGUUAUCACGGUAACUGAAGUGAAAUGAAGACAGUGAGAUUGAAGGUUUAAAAGGAAGAGUAAAGUCUGACUGUAUGGGUUUUGAUAAGAAAUGAGGGAUGUGUGAAAAAGCUCCACUUUUCCAGGAUUGUUGUGAUGCCUAAAUUCCCUUCUAGCAUUUAAAAUUAUCAAUUUUAUUUUAUUUUUAAACUUUUAGUGUUUUGUAUACAGUAGUGUUUAAUACAAAAUAAUACAGAAUUAUAAUUUUAGCCAUUUUCCCAGUUCUUGUCCAUAACAUCGGAAAAUACUCUGUGCAUCUCCACAAAAAAAAACCUGAGGCCAGCACAUUUUUGGAAGGAUUGACAAGUGAUUUAUUUAUUAAAACCAAAAAUAUACAAUCCUGAAAAGUAACCAAAAAGAUCUCCACUGGACUGGAGGACUGAGUAACAGUGCAUAUAAAUAAACAGUACAAGGAUCAGGAGUAUUACUGUAUAAAAUAGGGUGAAAAGGAAAAAAAAAAAAAAAAAAAAACAUUUUAAGGCCA